ACAGCUAUAUUUGCAUUUACUGGUAACCGCGAAGGCAUUUUACGCUGCGCCCCGGUGUGCAAGAGCGCUGUUUUUGUUACCUGCUACCGGAGCUAGCUUAGCCGAGGCAGUGAUGUGUUUGACAGUUGAACCGACUGAUCCAUAUGUUGUUCCUCGGGAUAAAACCGUUUCUAUUUGACCUUUGCUUUCAACCGAACGCUCAUAAAAUGCGCCGCCCUUUCACCGUUGAUGUUUAUCAGCUCGUAAUGAAGUUGAGGGCUAAUGCUAUAAAGCGAAGGAAGUCGAGCUACUUCCUGCAUUUACAGUGUUGGUCAAUGACAGCGCAUCCACCCACACCCAGUCUGCUGGAGUUUGUCUCGUAUGCGGCCGAUAAAGCUGUGACAACAUGCCAUGUCAGAGUCGGAAUCAGGCAUCCCUUUGAUGUACUUCACAUUUACGUCUUAAAGUGUGUGCCCUUUGCAUUCUUUUCCGUCGGUUUGACUGCGCUCUUGUUGGGGCUUGAAGUGUGUGCUGUGGCUCUUCCUGCUGUUACAUGUCAGAAAAGACAGCAUUCCACAGACUGAUGGAAUGCAGAUUCGCAUCGCAGCCAAUUUUGUAAUCCACGCUCCUCCAGGAGAAUUCAACGAAGUGUUCAAUGAUGUGCGGGUCCUGCUCAACAAUGAUAACCUCCUCAGAGAGGGGGCGGCUCAGUCCUUCGCGCAGUACAAUAUGGAUCAGUUCACCCGAGCCAAAAUUGAUGGAUACGAAGACCAGGUGCUGAUAACAGAUCAUGGGAACUUGGGUAACGGCCGCUUUCACGACCCUCACAACAAGAUCUCCUUCCGGUUCGACCACCUGAGAAAGGAAGCUUCCGACCCCAGACCUCACGAGGGCGAGGCGUCCCUCAGGUCCUGGACUGAGGCUUGCGAUUCUGCUGUUCGCGCCUAUGUUAAGGAGCACUACCCCAAUGGAGUCUGCUCUGUUUACGGGAAAACGGUUGAUGGCCAGCAGACUGUCAUCGCCUGUAUCGAAGGCCAUCAGUUUGAGCCGAAAAACUUCUGGAACGGACGCUGCAGGUCUGAGUGGAAGUUCAGUGUCUCACAGUCGACAGCCCAAGUGGUUGGAGUCUUGAAAGUUCAGGUACAUUACUACGAGGACGGAAACGUGCAGUUGGUCAGUCAUAAAGACAUACAGGAACCUCUGACCAUCAGUAACGAGACCCAGACAGCCAAGGAGUUUGUCAGAAUCAUUGAGGAAGCAGAGAAUGCAUACCAGAUGGCCAUCACUGAGAACUACCAGACCAUGUCGGACACCACGUUCAAAGCCUUACGCAGACAGCUGCCGGUCACCCGCACCAAGAUCGACUGGAACAAGAUUCUCAGCUACAAGAUCGGCAAGGAGAUGCCAGCGUCGUCACAUUACUCCAAUUGAGUCUCUUUCAAAUGCAACACCAUGAAUCUCUCAGACAAGUGCGCCCCUCUUCUUAUUUGCACCCUCCAAAAUGGAAACAAACAAGUGGCAUAGCUGUCACACGUGUCAAUUAUUCUUAAACCUUUCUCACAACACUUGUCUUAAUUUCGGACCCCUUAGUGGUUUAGCUGUAAACGCUUGAAAGGUCACCUAGUAACUAACGUUGAUUCUCUCUAUUUGACUUGAUCGUCCAGAACUUCCCAUACCUCCAUAGUUUUGAACAGAUAUGCAAAUGAACGUGUCACCAACUGGAGAAACUUGACGGCAGCAAACGACAAGCUCGUGAUUCAGUAGUUCUAUUUAUACAUCUCUCUGGAUGCAGAGUUGUAGCCAAAAGAAAAAAAAUCUCCUCUUCCUCUGUCUUUCAGUUCUUUACUCAAUCUUUGUUUUCCUCAGAGAGACUUUCGGUGGUUCCUCCUCUAACCUCCUCCCUGGACUGUAAAAGUUUCUGUGUUCCUCUGACAGUUUGCCUUCAGCUUUUGCUAUAUUUUUUAUACAAACUGUAAGUACAUUUAUUAUUCGUGAAAUAAAACUGUUGCACCAACAUUCAGUAGU